UGAGCCAAUGUGCUCCACCGCGAUCCGUCCUACCGACUGCGGUGCCUGGCAACAGAAAAAGACGUGAUGACGUCCUCUCCAGAUUGCGUAUUAUGGGAUGUGCGGAAUUAAACAACCCGAAGAGGACACGGGGAAGACAAAAAUAAUAAAAGAGACAGAAAUAAACGAGGUGCAUGGUGAAUCAUGGAGCUCUCGGCUGUUGGUGAGAGCGUCUUCGCAGCCGAGUCCAUCAUUAAACGGCGAAUCAGACGGGGUCGCUGGGAAUAUCUCGUAAAAUGGAAGGGCUGGUCUCAGAAGUACAGCACUUGGGAGCCGGAGGAAAACAUUCUGGAUGCACGACUCUUCACUGCCUUCGAGGAGAGGGAGCGCGAAAGAGAGCUGUUCGGGCCGAAAAAGAGGGGACCCAAACCCGAGACAUUUCUCUUGAAGGCCAAAGCCAAAGAAAAGACGUAUGAAUUUAGAGGAGAGGCUCCCAGGUCAAUCCAGGUUUCCUAUCCCAUCCCGGAGCCUAUUAUAACACCGAGGGCCCGGGAGGGUUUACGCGCAGUAGUUCCCACAAUCUUCCCACCGAGCGCGGUCAACAGAGGGGAGAGUGUCCACGUCCGACCACCAGAGCCAGAGAGGAGGCCCAGACCGACUCCACCAGCUGCUCUGACAGUCCAAGAAUCCGCCCGGCUCCCCAAAAAGAGAGGCCGCAAACCGAAGCUGCAUUUACACUAUGAAAAAGAUGAUGGAGGCAGCUCAGCAGAGCUGGAUGACAAACGGAGCAGACUGCUGGAGGAGCCAUCGUCACACGGUUUGUCCAAAAUGCCCCGACGCUUGCACCAUCACGGAGAGACGUCAGAUCACACCCUCAUCCAGCUGACCAAGAGGUUCCAGGAGGAGACCACGAUAACACCCAAAUCCUGCGGCGAGCAGAGACACGCGGGGUUGUCCUACAGUCGCACGUUCAAAAGUGAUCAGGGGGGGCACAGGACUAGUUAUGUGAGUAAGAUGCCUAUUCCUCAGCCAAGGAAGCUGAAGCACUCUGCAGAAAGCCGGAGACAUCAGAUGAAGGAGUGCCGUCCUGGACCUGCUGUCAUUCCCACACAGGCCGAGGCCAUCCUCGAUCCAUCCGCGCGACCAACCUCGUCCUGGACCCCGCGUUUCACCAACGUGGACUCUGUGACCGUGACAGACGUGACCAUGAACUUCUUGACAGUGACGGUCAGAGAGAGCAGCACGGACAAAGGCUUUUUCAGAGAGAGCAGAUAAGUGCGUGCUUCAGGUCAGAGGUGGAUAAUAUAUGCGUAUAAAUAAUUGUUUAACAAGCUUCUAACUAACAUGCCGACUGUAAUACUAUAUUUUUUCUAUGUAACUUUCAGACUGUACAUACAAAUAUUUAAUACGCUGCUGAGAAAAUUAAAAAUGAACGUGGUGUUGUGAGUUUAA